UACGAUUCGGACAACCCCCGUGUUCAUGGCGAUGUUGGUAUGGCUGGCGUAGCUAUCGAUUCUGUCGAGGAUAUGAAGCGACUAUUCGACGGAAUUCCACUCAAAAGCAUCAGCACUUCAAUGACCAUGAAUGGUGCUGUGAUUCCUGUCCUCGCCAUGUUUAUUGUUGCUGCAGAAGAGCAGGUCGGCUAA